AUGUCUCAGCAACAGGGAAGGAGGAGGAGAGUGUAUUGGGCUUGGUGUGGGAGGAAAGUGAACAGAAACUCACUCUCCCCAACGAGGCUGCUGGCUUUGUGUGCUGUGCACAGGAGUUUGGACAGCAGUGAUCAGAGUGAAGACUGGCUGAAAUUAUGGUACUGUGUCCCACAACAAGGAGCAUCAGAUGUCUCUGCCAGUCCACAGAUGAAACCCUUCAUGUUGCUGACUCUGGCUUUCACGUCCAUAGAAUCCCUACAUGCAUCUAGGGUUGGCAACCCUCAAAGUCAUUCCUCCAAGUGUUCGGGUCUGUACGUCAUCCUUCCAUUCCAAACAUCACAAGAUGAGAACACCCUCUGUAUUUACAUCUCUUUUGGAAACUCACCUCUUCUGCAAUACACACAACAGAUCCUAAGUCCCAGCCACCAUCCUUCUGAAGGAAGAGGAUUGGAUGAAACUCCCUCAGUUGCCCUGAGGAGUCACUCUGAGGACUCUACAAGACCACAGGAUAUUUUACCACGUGAGACCACACAGAAAGGAAUGAGCUCUGGCCCAUAUUGCAAUGCUGCCUCUGCGUAUAAUAUUCACUAUUGGGUAUUUGAAACAGCUGCUGCUUUUCAUGACAAUCUGUGGCCUCAGUGAUUCUUAAAAGCUUGUUUUUCUCUCUUCUGAUGCAAAAUGAAUAAUUACAUUUUAAACUUCAUAAUCACAAUUACAUCUGUAUUUUUCAUCACUUACAUAAUCCUCUUUCUCUGAUCUCUUGAGGCUGCCAGUGAGACAAUUGCUUCUGCACAGUCAUUACGUAUUUCACUCAUGGAGUUUACCUUCUACUGAUUGAUUUAUUGAUGUUUUU